AUGGCGCCCCGACUCCCUGGCGUCACUGCGCGGCGUCCCGGCAGCGCCCCGACGAUAAUACCACCUACGCCCCUCCUCCUCCUCCUCCUCCUCGGGCCCGCGGCGCGGCCGCCGCCCUCGCACACGCCGCUGUCGCACACGCCGUCGCGCGCCGCGACCAUGAUCCGCCGGCCGAAGCGGCCCUACAUGUUCACGCAGAUCGUGCAGCAGACCGACGGCGCGACCUACACGAUGCGCACCACGUCGCCGCUCGCGCUGUACCGCGCGACCAAGGACACGCGCAACCACGUGCUCUGGCAGCCGUCCGACCACUCCCUGCGCAACGUCGAGGCCGACGAGGCCGGCAAGCUCGCCGCCUUCCGCGGCCGCUUCGGCCGUUCCUGGGACGUCGAGCUGACCGGGGCGGACGGAGAGGCCGCCCCGGCGGCGGCGGCGGCCGUAGCAGCUGCGGAAGAAGAAGGAGGCGGGGCGACGCCCAAGAAGUCCAAGAAGCAAGCGCCUGGGCCCUCCGCACUCGACCAGCUGGAGGCAGCGUCCAGGGCGGACGAGGGCGCGAAGGGCGGGGCGCCGCCCCAGGCGAAGCGGGAACGCAAGGAGGCCCCCCCAGGAGAUGCGCUGAGCGAGCUGAUCUCUAGCUACCACACCCCGAUGCCGGAGCCCGGUAGUAGUGGCAAGAAGAAGAAGAAGUGA